UCUCGCUCGCCCGUGCGCGCGCCCCGCGCCCUCCAGCGCGCCGGCGGGACCAUGAAGAAGUUCUCUCGAAUGCCCAAGUCGGAGGGCGGUGGCGGCGGCGGAGCGGCGGGUGGCGGGGCCGGGGCCGGGGCCGGCCCUGGCUCCGGGAGCUCGUCUCUGGGGGUCCGGGUGUUCGCGGUCGGCCGCUACCAGGUCACCCUGGAGGAGACGCUGGCCGAAGGUGGAUUCUCCACGGUUUUCCUCGUGCGGACACAUGGUGGAGUUCGCCAUGCAUUGAAGCGAAUGUAUGUCAAUAACAUGCCAGACCUCAAUGUUUGUAAAAGGGAAAUUACAAUUAUGAAAGAGCUGUCUGGUCACAAAAAUAUCGUGGGUUAUUUGGACUGUGCUGUUAAUUCAAUUAGUGAUAAUGUAUGGGAAGUGCUUAUCUUAAUGGAAUAUUGUCGAGCUGGGCAGGUAGUGAAUCAGAUGAAUAAGAAGCUGCAGACAGGUUUUACAGAAUCAGAAGUGUUGCAGAUCUUCUGUGAUACCUGUGAAGCUGUUGCAAGGUUGCAUCAAUGUAAGACUCCAAUAAUUCACCGGGAUCUGAAGGUAGAAAAUAUUUUGUUGAAUGAUGGUGGAAACUAUGUACUUUGUGACUUUGGCAGUGCCACUAAUAAAUUUCUUAAUCCUCAAAAAGAUGGAGUUAAUGUAGUAGAAGAAGAAAUUAAAAAGUAUACAACUCUGUCAUACAGAGCCCCUGAAAUGAUCAACCUUUAUGGAGGGAAACCCAUCACCACCAAGGCUGAUAUCUGGGCACUGGGAUGUUUACUAUAUAAACUUUGUUUCUUCACUCUUCCUUUUGGUGAGAGUCAGGUUGCUAUCUGUGACGGCAACUUCACCAUCCCAGACAAUUCUCGUUACUCCCAUAAUAUACAUUGCUUGAUAAGGUUCAUGCUUGAACCAGAUCCAGAGCGUAGACCUGAUAUAUUUCAAGUGUCCUAUUUCGCAUUUAAAUUUGCCAAAAAGGAUUGUCCAGUCUCCAACAUCAAUAAUUCUUCUAUUCCUUCAGCUCUUCCUGAACCGAUGACUGCUAGUGAGGCAGCUUCUAGGAAAAGCCAAAUAAAAACCAGAAUAACAGAUACCAUUGGACCAACAGAAACCUCAAUUGCACCAAGACAAAGACCAAAGGCCAACUCUGCUACUGCCACUCCCAGUGUGCUGACCAUUCAGAGUUCAACGACACCUGUUAAAGUCCCUGCUCCUGGUGAAUUCAGUAACCACAGACCAAAAGGAGCAGUGAGAGCUGGAAAUGGCUCUGAGAUUUUAUUGGGUCAGGGGCCCCCUCAGCAGCCUCCACAGCAGCAUAGAGUACUUCAGCAACUACAACAAGGAGAUUGGAGAUUGCAGCAGCUUCAUUUACAGCAUCGUCAUUCUCACCAGCAGCAACAGCAGCAUCAGCUACAUCAGGAUGCUUAUAUGCAGCAGUAUCAACAUGCAGUGCAGCAGCAACAGAUACUUCAACAACAGUUUUUAAUGCAUUCAGUAUAUCAGCCACAACCUUCCGCAUCACAGUAUCCUGCAAUGAUGCAGCAGUAUCAGCAGGCUUUCUUGCAGCAGCAAAUGCUAGCUCAGCAUCAGCAGUCUCAACAACAGGCGUCACCUGAAUAUCUUACCUCCCCUCAAGAGUUCUCACCGGCUUUAGUUUCUUACACUUCAUCACUUCCAGCGCAGGUUGGAACCAUAAUGGACUCCUCUUAUAGUGCCAAUAGGUCAAUUGCUGAUAAAGAGGCAGUUGCAAAUAUUGCAAAUCAGAAGAACAUCAGUAACCCACCUGAUAUGUCAGGGUGGAAUCCUUUUGGAGAGGAUAAUUUCUCCAAGUUAACAGAAGAGGAACUGUUGGACAGAGAAUUUGACCUUCUGAGAUCAAACAGGCUCGAGGAGAGAGCAUCCUCAGAUAAGAAUGUAGACCCACUUUCUGCUCCACAUAACCAUCCUCCAGAAGAUCCCUUUGGUUCUGUUCCUUUCAUAUCUCACUCAGGUUCUCCUGCAAAGCAAAUUGAACGUUCAUCCAUGAAUCAAGAAAACAGCACUGCAAACCCUAUCAAGAAUAGAAAAGUAAGUCCUGUAUCUAAAGACCACCGGACAGGAAAGAAAGCCUCAGAGAAUUCAUCAGUACAGGGUCAAGUGCAAAAGGGGAAUGAUGAAUCUGAAAGUGAUUUUGAAUCUGAUCCUCCUUCUCCUAAGAGCAGUGAAGAGGAAGAGCAGGAGGAUGAAGAAGUUCUUCAGGGAGAACAAGGAGAUUUUAAUGAUGAUGAUACGGAACCGGAAAAUCUGGGUCAUAGGCCUCUCCUCAUGGAUUCUGAAGAUGAGGAAGAAGAAGAGAAACAUAGCUCUGAUUCUGAUUAUGAGCAGGCCAAAGCAAAGUACAGCGACGUGAGCCCUGUCUACAGAGACAAGCCUGGCAGUGGACCAAUCCAAGAUCCCAAUAUCGCACUCCUCACCCCAACCCAAUUACCCUCUGAUGUUGGAGUGGAGACUCCCAAACAGGAGUUUGAUGUAUUUGGUGCCGUCCCCUUCUUUGCAGUGCGUGCUCAACAGCCCCAACAAGGAGAGAAUGAAAAGAAUCUCUUUCAGCAGACCCAUUUUCCUACUGUGGGACUAGAGCAAGAGGAAUUUGAUGUAUUCACAAAGGCACCCUUUAGCAAGAAGGUGAAUGUACAAGACUGCCGUGCAGUGGAGCUUGAAGCACAUACUCUCCCUGGUUGUCCCAAAAGUGUAGAUAUAUUUGGCUCCACUCCAUUUCAGCCCUUUCCCACAUCAGCAAGUAAAAGUGGCAGCAAUGAGGACCUUUUUGGGCUUGUGCCCUUUGAGGAAAUAACUGGGAGCCAGCAGCAGAAAGUUAAACAGCGUAGCUUACAGAAAUUGUCUUCUCGCCAAAGGCGCACCAAGCAGGAUAUGUCCAAAAGUAAUGGGAAACGGCAUCACGGCACGCCAACUAGCACAAAGAAGACUGUGAAGCCCACCUACCGCACUCCAGAGAGGGCUCGCAGGCACAAAAAAGUGGGCCGCCGAGACUCGCAGAGCAGCAAUGAAUUUUUAACCAUCUCAGACUCCAAGGAGAACAUUAGUGUUGCUCUGACUGAUGGGAAAGACAGAGGGAAUGUCCUGCAACCCGAGGAGAGUCUGUUGGACCCCUUUGGUGCCAAGCCCUUCCAUCCUCCAGACCUGCCAUGGCACCCUUCACAUCAGGGCCUGAGCGACAUCCGUGCUGAGCACAAUCCUGUCCUGCCUGGGCGGCCAAGACCGAAUUCACUACAUGGGUCAUUCCACAGUGCAGAUGCGUUGAAAAUGGAUGAUUUUGGUGCCGUGCCCUUUACAGAACUUGUGGUGCAAAGCAUCACUUCACAUCAGUCCCAACAGUCCCAAUCAGUUGAAUUAGACCCAUUUGGUGCUGCUCCAUUUCCUUCUAAACAGUAGAUACUUCUGAUGGACUCUUAGCGUUAACUCCUGUUUCAAAAAAGUAUGAAUAAUUUUAUGAAUUUGAAAGAAAAUUUAUUUGUAUAGCUCUUUAUAUCAUUCAUUCUUACAGGUCAAUCAGAAUAGGUGAUUUUUAAAUAAACCAAAUGGAAAAGGAAGUAUCUCCACAGGGUAGUGACCUGCUAUCUCUUCCACACGGGAGAAAAUGGAGCUGAAUUGCAAGCUCUAAGCCAGGGUUUCAGCUACUGACAUGACUGCACAGAAAUCCGGGAAGAGCACAUGGCCCCUUUCCAGUUGUGUAGCCACCGAAAAGGGACUGGAAAGCUGCGUCGUGGUUUUUAUAACAGAACGUCACUUUUGUGUGCAUAUCCCAGGCUCAUUCCAGAAUCCAGCAUCUAAGACUAAGCUUAUUUGUACAUACACAGGUUGCAUUUGUGGAUUUUUUAAGGUCUCUUCUAAUUUCCACCACGUUAAAAAAAAUCUAGUUCUGAUCAAGAAUUAGAAAGUUAUUCUCUGGAGAGCACAGAGGUUUUAGUCCUUAGACCGUUGUCUACAGAGCAGAGCCAGAAGUAACUGACUAUCGUGCCUAAAGCUGUUCCAUUUUAAAAAACAAGUGCCAUUAAUGUGGAAUAUCUACAUAGAAGCCUAGAACAAAACCUAAGACAAAUAUCUGAUGUGUGGAAAAUACAAAAGAAAAAAAAAAGAAGAGAAAAAAACAGUACUUUAGAAACACUUUAUAUUGUUUUUGAAUGGCUUCAUGCUGAAAACUUUUAUUAUCAUUGUCCCUAAUAAAGCAGAUUAUUGGAAAAAUUGGGAGUGAGGACAAGGGUUACAUAGAAAUUUUAUUUCAGGAAAAAGAUAUGUAGCUGAAACCCUGAGUUUUUAAGACGUUUACAAUGUGAAAUCAUGUUGCAUUUAAUAAUGUACUUUAUUAAAUUACCACCUUCACUAAAUAUUCCCCAACAACUUUUUAGCUAGGUUUGGAGGGUGGAGUAGGUUUAAUAAAGUGCACAGAGCAAUGAAACCCACAAAGCCUUAUAGGCAGGACUCACGCAUCCUGCUGCAAGUACCUCUGCACUAACAUAAGAUCUUAAAGUGGCUGGAAGGUGUUAGAUGAUGAGGGACUAGCAUCUUAACUCUGCUAGUCGACUGUGUCUUCAGUGAAAAGAACCCAGCUACCAAAUUGCCUUUUUUUACACCACAAAUCCUAAUUAGAAACUUGAGAUUUUAUAGAAAUUGUUUAAUAAGAUAGAAAUUACAUAUAUGAAUUAAUGUGAAUACAGUAUCUGUGCUUCCUGUGUCUC